GCUUUCCAUUCCAACAGUUUUUCCACCGACUAACAUGUCUUCUGAGCGUACCUUCAUCGCUGUCAAGCCCGACGGCGUCCAGCGCGGCUUGGUUGGCGAGAUCAUCGCCCGCUUUGAGCGCAAAGGCUUCAAGCUGGUUGCCCUCAAGAUGCUGCAGCCGUCGACGGAGCAGGCUCAGGGUCACUACACCGACCUGUCCUCUAAGCCGUUCUUCAACGCGCUGGUGGAGUACUUCUCGUCGGGCCCGAUUGUGGGCAUGGUGUGGGAAGGUAAGAACGUGGUGAAGAGCGGCCGCAUGCUGCUCGGCGCGACGAACCCGGCUGACUCUCUGCCCGGCACGAUCCGUGGCGACUACGCCGUUGAUGUGGGCCGCAACGUGUGCCACGGCUCCGAUGCCGUGGAAAGCGCGAAGCGCGAGAUCGCGUUCUGGUUCAAGCCGGAGGAGCUUGUGAGCUGGACGUCCCACUCCGCCAACCAGAUCUACGAGUGAAUUGAUCCAGUUGAGACUACGAAAGGGAAAAAAGCUGUAUCUCAGUGAUAAAUUUAAAGAAAGAACAUUUACUUGGUUUUAUAAGCUGUAAGCACUGAAGGGUUUCAGGGAAGUGUGCUGGUUGGCCAAGACUCAUUUUGUAAAUUGACACUUUUUAUCUCUCUCUCCCUUCAGAUCACUGCUGGUGACUCGAGCUAGAGGAGAAAAAGGUUGAUAAUUACAUAUGUGCGUUUUAGCUGCCAGCCAUAGGCUGAGUGUUGGUUUCCCUUUUUGUGCAUGCUUUUUAUUAUUAUUACCUUUUUUCCUUCAUUUUAUUAACCGUCGAUUGACACGCAUGU